GAAGAAUCUGUGUGAAAAGCAAAAAUCUCGUGUGUGGUUGUCAAGUGUAAAGCUAACUGGAAGCUAAAGUGGAAUGGUGGGUCUGUGGCGUGGAAUAAUAAUCAUGUGUUUACUGGUGAGCUAUGUGUGGGGCAUGAGUAAUGGGCAUGGGGUUGAGUGGAAGCUUGAGGUCGCAGUGGUGUGGAAGGCUGGAUGCACAUGUGGAGUUUCAAGACUGACAUGUGGAGUGUAGCUAAUGUUUAAAUGUGUGAAAAUGGAGUCAAGUGUUGCAAGUGUAAAGUGGAGGGUUGGAUAUGUGGAUUUAAGAGACUGGCAUGUGGAAUGUAGCUAAGGUCUUAAAAGUGUGAAUGUGGAGUCAAGUGUUGGAAGUGUGAAGUGGAAGGCUGGAUAUGCGGAGUUCAAGUACUAGCAUGUGGAGUGUAGCUGAGAUCUUAAAGUGUGGAUGUGGAGUCAAGUGUUGCAAGUGUAAAGUGGAGGGUUGGGUAUGUGGAUUUAAGAGACUGGCAUGUGGAAUGUAGCUAAGAUCUUAAAAGUGUGAAUGUGGAGUCAAGUGUUGGAAAGUGGCUGGAUAUGUGGAGUUCAAGUGCAAGCAUGUAGAGUGCAGCUGAGAUCUUAGUGUGGAUGUGGAGUCAAUGGUCAAGCAACUCCUACACCACGGCGGCCACUAUAAAUAAAAUUCGCCUACGCAACUAACGGGCUCGGGUUGUUCAAGAGGCCCCUCAAGCGAGCCUACCGGCGUUAUGAGCAGCAACUAAAAAAAAAGUGCAAAGUGGAAGGCUCGAUAUGUAAAUUGAAGAGACUGGCAUGUGGAGUGUAACUGAAGCCUUGGCGUGUUGAUGUGGAGUCAAGUAUUCUAAAUGGAAAAUGAAAAUCGAUGAAAGUGGAGAUUUAACUGUAUUUCUGAACAUGCUGAGUGUGUGGAGGGCCUGAACCUGUGCAGACUGGUAGGUGGAGGGUUAGGGCUGCUACGUGCCUGACGGACGGCUGAAGGGAGGGGCGGAGAAGUGAAGGCCAUGAACAGUUAAAUUUAUGAGGUGGAGGAGCAGAGGUGGAGUGGAGGCGGGAGGCGCAGCAGGAGCAAGCAGUGCCGUUGAUAAGUUCGCCGAGUGCAUCACUGAGUGAGGUGCUGCGUGGAAGGGCGGAGGAGAGGUGGAUGACAUGGUGGGCGUGAGGCGAAGGACAAGGCAAAGUGAAUCAAUGACGUGCGUGCUAAAUGAGUGUUGGCAGUGACUCAACAGCCGGGAGAAAGCGCUAUGGUGGUGGGAGAAGUCCUGACGCUGAGACCUGAAUGUUACGACUAUGGAAGCGACGCCCAAUUUGGGUGCCGCUGGAAUGUCCGGGAGACUUGGCGGGAACUUAACGGGAGCAGGGAAGUGAACAGGACCUGCCCCCCGCCCAGACUCCUGCCCCAUGCCCCGUAGUCCCCUGCCCGUCUUGCUCUUCACCGUUCCCCGCCUUGCCUAUCUUCCCCGUGUGGUCAUCGCCUCCGCGGGGGCCGCUGCGUCGGGCCCGGCAGGUCAGUCACCUGGCGCGAACAAGCCCGCCGGGCACUGCAGCUCCGGUCACGGGCGCCGCGGAAAUACCUCGGCGCCGCCACCGUCGCGGCCGCCACACCGUUUUUCAUUCGCCGCACGCCAGGUCUUAUUACACGCGCCGCGACAUUACGCGUUCCCUCCUACCCCCGGCUAGGUAGUCCCUCCGGUGUUUCAGAAGAGCGACCUUGGGAGCGCGAAAACCUUAUACGCGUGCAUGAAGUCGACUCAGUUUUCUCUGAUCAGAGAAAAACAAGAUAGGAAACACAUGCUUAAAAACAAAACAAAAACAAAAACAAAACUAUUGUAUACAAAAAGUGGCCAGCGAACGGCAAACAACGGUUAUCACGGCCACUCCCUCGACCACUCCUGCGCCACUGCCAACUCCAGGCAGCGCGGUGUGGCAUACUUGGUGUAGGAAACAAUCGCUGCCGUGCGUCCGCAUGUGGGCGCGGCAGGACAUAGGUGGGCGCGGCGCCACUCUAGCACUGGCAGGGCGGCGGAGGCAGGUGCAGCGGCCUGACACGUGCAGGUGUCCCCGAGGCUCAGAAGUUUUUUGCUUGUUCCAGAUGACGCGGCGCGGAGCGGAGAUGAGCUUGUCAGCGGCGGUGGUGGCGGCGGCCUUGGCCGUGACAUUGGCCGCAGGGCCGGAAUCCCCAGACUGGCGCUACCCCCAGGACGUCGUAAAACCCCGCGUCAGUUGCACGAGCGAGGGCGUCUUCCAGCACCCCAGGAACUGCCGCUGGUACUACAGGUGUGUGCCGCGCAUGGUGCCCGGCUACUACCACACCUACCACUUCGAGUGCGGGCCCGGCACGGUGUUCGCGGCGGGGCUGGGCCAGUGUGUGUACGGCGCGGGGGAGGAGUGUGGGGCCCCUACCUCUCCACCUGUCAUCACCACACCACCUCCUCCACCUGUCAUCACCACACCACCUCCUCCACCUGUCAUCACCACACCACCUCCUCCACCUGUCAUCACAACACAUCCUCCCCCACCUGUCAUCACAACACAUCCUCCCCCACCUGUCAUCACCACACCACCUCCUCCACCUGUCAUCACUACACCUCCUCCUCAACCUGUAACCACCUCCCCUACUUCACCACCUGUCACCUCACCUCCAACUUCUCCAGUCACCACCAUUCCUACUCUUCCACCUGCCAUCACCACCACCACGCCAGAGCCUGACACCACUACUAAACACCCACCCGUCACCAUCACCGACCUUCCCCUCAUCACUACCACCCCUACACAAGGCAUCACAACUACAACAGUGGAGGUGACCAGUGACAAGGAGACCACCACCACUGAGCCACACACCACCACCAUCACCACAGGGGAAACAGAAACAACACCACAAGAAAGCACCACCACCAUCACCACCACAGAAACGGUCUCCGCCACAACAGAGAUCGAUACUACUACCGCCACCACAGACUCCAGCACCACCACAGAGGUCGACACUACCACCAUCACCACCAUGACUACAGAUACAGACACACCGACCAGCACCAUUUCAGAAGUAGACACAACCAUCGCCACCACUACAGAAUCAGACACAACCAUAAUCACCACCACAGACAUGGACACCACCACCAUCACCACGGACGCUGACACCACCACCAUCACCACCACAGGCACGGACACCACCACCACAGACAUGGAAACCACCACCAUCACCACCACAGAUGCUGACACCACCACCAUCACCACAACAGGCACGGACACCACCACCACAGACAUGGAAACCACCACAAUCACCACCACAGAUACUGACACCACCACCAUCACCACAACAGGCACGGACACCACCACCAUCACCACAACAGGCACGGACACCACCACCACAGACAUGGACACCACUACCAUCACCACCACAGACGCUGACACCACUACCACAGCCAUGGACACCACCACCAUCACCACCACAGACGCUGACACCACCACCACAGACAUCGACACCACUACCAUCACCACCACAGGCACGGACACCACCACCACAGACAUGGACACCACCACCACAGACAUGGACACCACCACCAUCACCACCACAGAUGCUGACACCACCACCAUCACCACAACAGGCACGGACACCACCACCACAGACAUGGACACCACUACCAUCACCACCACCAUCACCACAACAGGCACGGACACCACCACCACAGACAUGGACACCACUACCAUCACCACCACCAUCACCACAACAGGCACGGACACCACCACCACAGACAUGGACACCACUACCAUCACCACCACAGAUGCUGACACCAUCACCAUCACCACAACAGGCACGGACACCACCACCACAGACAUGGAAACCACCACAAUCACCACCACAGAUGCUGACACCACCACCAUCACCACAACAGGCACGGACACCACCACCACAGACAUGGACACCACUACCAUCGCCACCACAGAUGCUGACACCAUCACCAUCACCACCACAGACAUGGACACCACUACCAUCACCACCACAGAUGCUGACACCACCACCAUCACCACCACGGACGGUGAAGCCACCGCCACCACCACAGAGCAUGACACAACUACUGUCACUGCCUCAGACACGGACACCACCACCAUUCCCACCACAGAUACGGAUUCCACCACCAUCCCCACCGCAGACACGGACGCCACAACCAUCACCAUCACUGACGCUGACACCACCGCCACCACCACCACAUAUAUGGACACCACCACCAUGGCCUCUACAGAUAUGGAUACAACGGCCACAGACAGCGACACAACCACCACAGAUGCAGACACCACCACCAACACCCCCACAGACGCCGACACGACCACAAUACCCACCACAGAUGAAGGUACAGCCAUAACCACCACCACAGACCUGGACAUGGCUACGACAGACACUGGCACCACCGCCAUCACCCCCACAGACGGAGACACCACCACUACUGCCGCCACGAGUGAAGAUCCCACAACGGCCACCUCCACAGACACAGACACAACCACCACGCCCACAGACCAAGAAACAACCACAGACAUCACCAUCACAGACACAACCACCACCACAGAUGAAAAAAACACCCUCACCACCAUCACCACCACAGACGCUGAGCCCACCACGACCCUCCCCACCAUCGGCGUCGACAGCCGAAUCCCCGACCCCUCGUGCACCCUGGCGGCGUGUGAGGAGGUCACGGUGUGCCAGCCAGACCCAAGAACCGUCCGCCUGUGCAAGGAGUGCCACGGCGAGGUCUUCCUGAGGUGCCCCGGGGAACAGGUGUUCAAGGAGGGUACCAAGGAGUGUGUCGACCCCCCGCCAGAAAACUGUCGUAAUGGUGUGGUCAUGCAGAACUUCACCCAUAACAUCACCUGUACGAAGGAGGGUGAGGUAGCUAAGGACGAUUGGAUCCUAAGAUACUACUGCGACUACUACGCCUUCUGCGGCCCCAACAAGCUCUUCCUGAGGUACAUGCGGCUGUGCACGAACUACAUCCGCUGCUACAAGGAGGAGGGCGGCGACAGGUGGAAGAGCACCUUGCACGGGUGCCCUAAAAAAGAGCUGUGGAGCCACGACGAGAAUAAGUGUUUACCUAAGCCCGAAGAGGAGGAGCUGUGCAGACUACGGCAUCUUUCACUGCUACGAAGGCUGAACUUAGUCUAGGCCAAUAGCUCUAGGCCAGCGCCAAGGACACGGACACGGGCAUCAUGGAUAGGGCGGGCCGGUCAUGUGUGUGUGUGUGUGUGUGUGUGUGUGUGUGUGUGUGUGUGUGUGUGUGUGUGUGUGUGUGUGUGUGUGUGUGUGUGUGUGUGUGUGUGUGUACGAAUGCGCGCCACACGUACACGGACAUGAACACCUCUCUAUUAAAGGGAAUCAAUUAACCUGGGCGACAAGGUGCGGUUUGGGUGGAGUCAUUAAAUUCUCGUUCUUAUCGCUGGGUUAUUUAUGAGGUAAGCUUAGAUAUAUAUUUAUUGAUUUGUUUGUUUGUCUAGUAGUUUAUUUAUUUACCUAUUUAUAUAUUUAUUGAUUUAAAUUUCCAUACGUACAUUAUUUAUUUAUUUAUGCAUUGGUUUGUCUUAUUUAUUGUGGGUUGUAGUUUACGUUUAGUUACCGACAUUUUUUCAUCUAUUUAACCUUUUUGUACCUGUCCAUUUGUUGUUAUUGUUGUCGUUUAUAUUUAUCUUCGGGGACGUGAUUGAGAGAAAACAGCAAAACGCGUUACCGGUUGUUGUUUCGCUACAAAUAUAAUAAAAAGACUAUGAAUGA